CGGCUUUAUAAUAAAGAUUAAAACCGAUGAGAUAUGAAGCAGAAGGUUUUUUGACGAAGGAACAUUUGCAAACAAAGUUUGCGGACUUAUGGGGGAGAUAAUACCUCAAUGUAUGCUGGUGUUCCUUUAAUUUGUAUUCCAAAAUAUGGAGAUCAAAAAUAUAAUGCUUCGAUUGUCGAAUCUAAAGGAGUUGGCAUUUAUGUGGAUUAUGAACAAUUAAAGGGCUCUACUGAUGAACAAUUAGAGGAUUCUACUGAAUCUCUCAGAAGCGCUCUUUAUCAAAUAUUAUAUGACGAGUAUGGAAAUUUUAACAGUAAAUAUAGUAAGAAGGCUGAAAAGAUGAGAAAGAAUAUUCUUCGAAAUUAUGAACGUGAAACAAUGAAAGAUAAAUUUUUGGGUAAAUUUUAGGUGGUAUAUUUUAGUGAAGGAAUUUGUAUAGCAAAAGAAGAAAAAAUUGGAAGAGAUUUUUUGG